ACUGCACACCCCCGCGUAUCAUACACUAGCACGCCUCCCUCGUCCCAUUUAUCACUCUUUUCAUUUUUCUCUCUCUUCUCAAAACAUUCACUCUUCCUUUCACCGUUUCUUUUACAUAGCCACCCUUCCUUAACACACCUUGUAACUGCCUCAACAACUCGCACCUUAUCUUUGUUCAGAUAUCAGUAUUUUACCUAUAUCUUAUUGGAUUCGUUGAGUAUUAGUCUUGGUCGCGAUUCGUUUUUCAGCGAUUUAAAGUUUGAAAUUAGAUUUGUAUGGCAAGUUUGAGGGAGCUGUGAGAGAAGAGAACAUGUCUGUAGAAAGGUCCUUCGAAGCAUGGGAGGAGGUGCAACGGCAUGGGCAGGACCUUGCUGAUAGGCUUGCCCAGGGUUUCAGUGGUCUGAUCCAGACGCACAUGACCCCGCCGCAGUUCGCUUGGCCAAACCCUCACAAGUCGAAGCUAUUUGAUCUUGAGUUCCCGACACACAGCUUUGCGAACGGGGAUCUUGCCCUCGCCACGCAGGAGUAUGGGAUAAACGGCGUGACGGCGAUUUUUGACAUUGGUAAGCGGUGCAGUUUAAGCCGGAGGAGGCGGUGGUGGGCUCGAUUCGGAUGGAUGGGGAGAAGGUUAGGCAGAGAAGUGGUGGUGUUCUUGGGGUUGCUGUUAUGCAAGAGGAUUUGGAUUUGGGGUCACUUAGUGAGAGGUUGAAGAAUCAUGGUUUUGCUGAGACUAAUAGUGGUGGCGGCGGCGGUGGAAAUGUGGAUGAAGAAGGUGGUGGCAGUGGCAGCAUCGGCAGCGGCAGUGGCAGCGGCAGUGGCGGCAGUGGCGGAUUUAACCUUGGGUCUAUUGGUUAUAUGGGUAGGCGACAGGGAAUCAUAAAUUUUACGUCAACUUAUGAUAGUAGGACACAAGAAGUGGACGGGUCUUUAGUUGCAAGGGGGGAUUUGUGGAGAGUAGAGGCAUCACACGGUGGCUCUACUUCUACAUCUGGAAAUGGAAAUUCAUCCCUUUUUCUUGUCCAGCUUGGACCUCUCCUCUUUAUUCGCGAUUCAACUCUCCUUCUGCCUGUUCAUCUGUCAAAGCAACACUUACUUUGGUAUGGCUACGACAGAAAGAAUGGAAUGCAUUCUCUUUGUCCAGCAGUGUGGUCAAAACACAGGAGGUGGCUGUUGAUGUCCAUGCUUUGUUUGAAUCCCUUAGCUUGUUCAUUUGUGGAUCUGCAAUUUCCUAAUGGACAACUAACCUACGUAUCCGGUGAGGGUCUUACUACGAGUGCUUUCCUUCCGGUUUGCGGAGGUCUUCUUCAAGCUCAGGGUCAAUAUCCUGGGGAAAUGAGAUUCAGCUAUUCAUGCAAGAAUAAGUGGGGAACAAGAAUUACGCCGAUGGUACAAUGGCCUGACAAAUCAUUUUCUUUGGGUGUUGCCCAAGCCUUGGCCUGGAAGAGAUCUGGUCUCAUUGUGAGGCCAACCGUUCAAUUCAGUGUGUGUCCCACAGUUGGUGGAAGCAAUCCAGGGUUGCGGGCCGAACUCAUACAUUCUGUUAAAGAGAAGCUCAGCCUAAUCUGUGGAUGCGCCUUCAUGUCAUAUCCAUCUGCAUUCGCUUCUGUAUCCAUUGGAAGAUCAAAGUGGAAUGGAAAUGUUGGGAACUCAGGCGUUGUCUUCAGAGUUGAUGCUCCUCUCUCCAAU